CUUUUUAAAGACCUAUUUUAGAGUGAACAAAAUCCGGAACAGAUUUUCUUUCGUGAAGUGCUCCUACCGGUGCCACAUGAUAAAUCAAAUCAAUACAUAUGUAUUUAAAAUUAGUUCGGUAAUCAAGUGGCGUUUUGAUCAGUCCGAAAUGAUUGCCCAUAAUCAGGCAUUCGUACGUCUUCAAGAUUAAUUCAUUGAUGGGGCCAUAAAUCCACAUUCAGGUGGGAGGACUGCGUCAGUGGCGCAACUAGUGGAGUACGAAAAACAUGCAAAUCAGAUCGGUUUUGGUUUCUCUGCUGAUCGUUAUUCAGGGAAGGUCGAUUGCCAGCCUGGAUUUGGGUCAUGCCGUCGAUGGGCGCAUUGCUGGCGGGGAUCUGGCCGUAGUCAAUCAGUUCCCCUAUCAAGUGGGCCUUAGUAUUGAGGAACCCAACGACUUGUUUAGCUGGUGUGGAGCUAGUUUGAUCUCCGACCGAUAUCUGCUAACGGCGGCACACUGCGUUGAGAAAGCUGUCGCUAUAACCUACUACUUGGGUGGAGUGCAGCGACUAGAGCCUCGACAACUCAUCCGAACAACUAAUCCCGAAGUGAACCUGCACCCUGGUUGGAAUUGCGAAACCCUGGAGAACGACAUCGCUGUGCUGCGAUUACCGGAGGAUGCUACUUUCUGCGACUCCAUAAGACCCAUCCGGCUGCCAGGAAUCUCAUCCAGCCAUCUCAGUUACGACUACGUGCCGGCAAUCGCUUCCGGUUGGGGCCGCAUAAAUGAUGAGUCUGCCGUCUUGUCCAAUACCCUGCGCUAUGUGGUUCGCUUUGUGGAAUCCAACGAGGACUGUCGGUUCUCCUACUCCAACAUUCAACAAAGCAACAUCUGCAUGGACACCACCAGCGGCAAGUCCACUUGCCAUGGCGACUCCGGCGGACCGCUGGUCUUCGAGGACCGCACCUUGAACACAGACGUUCUGAUCGGCAUUACUUCGUAUGGCAAAAAGUCUGGCUGCACAAAGGGCUAUCCAUCGGUGUUCACACGCGUCACCGCCUAUCUGGAUUGGAUAGGCGAGGUGAGCGGGGUUGUCUACGCCUAGAGUGGCCCUCGAUGGCUGAUCAAAAAGUGCUGGGCACUGAAAUUAAAUUAAAUGUUGAGCAUUUUAGUUGCGAUUAUUUCAUUUAUGGUGGAAGGUAAGGGCGCCAUGAGAAUGGCACUUAAAAAAGCGACGCAGUUUGAAUUAUGGACUGGGAAAGAAAAGCAAUCUGUUCGUUUGGCUUUGAUAAGAGUUUUAUUUCAGUGGGGUAGCAUACUU